UUACUACACAACCUUUAGCAUGUAUUAAUAACCAUUGAAAAGUUUUUAACUAAUCGUUCCUCCUUAAUACAAACAUGACUACUUUCCUAAAGAAGAAGCUACACCUCUGCUUCUCCUCCUCCGGUGUUCACUCACCGUCGAUUCCUUCUUCCCCGAUCGUCGUUCCCAAUCACAACCCUCCAUCUCCAUCUCAUAAUCAACAUCACACUACUCCAGCCUCAAUCUUCAUCAACACCUUCAACUCUCUCUACGACCACCUCUCCCUUUCCUCUCCCCUCCACCGUAACGAUAAAUUCACCUCCGUCGCCGCCGCCGCAUUAACCACUCCCAAAUCCGGCGACAUUGGAUCCAGUUUGUUCAGCGGCGGAUUGCAUCCUUCUCCGCGUAAAGCUGACGACGACUACGAAGAUGAAGAAGACGAAGAUGAAACUUACGCCGUCGUUUCAAAGCUUUUAAGCGACGGAACAGCGAUUUUAAAGCACAUUGACUCAUCGGAUCCGUGUAGAGACUUCGGAAAGUCGAUGAGAGAGAUGGUGGAAGCUAGAGAAUCGACGAGAGACGACGUCUCCGAUAGAGAGUACUUGAACGAGCUGCUCUUCUGUUAUCUCUCAUUGAACCCUAAACAUACUCACAAGUGCAUAGUCUCUGCUUUCUCCGAUACACUUCUCUGGUUACUUUCUCCCUCGUCGUCAUCGCCGGAGAGUUCUUUAUCCCAAUCGAUUUGA